CACAAGUUGAGCAGCUCUCAGUUAACGCAAAGGCAGACUGAUGAUCCAGCUGCUGUGCGUGUGAGUGUGUGCGCUGACAUGGAUACAACUGGCGUUUACUAUUGAAACUGGACACAUUACAGUGUUGCGGUGACACUGGGGGACUUCAAAGAGCGACAAAACUUCUUCCACGGCCGCACUCAUGUGAUUUCCCCUUGUUUGAGCCAUGUCCAAGAGCCUGAAGAAGAGGAAGAACCACUGGACUAACAAAGUCCAUGAGAGUGUCCUUUGCAGGAAUGAGGAGGGGGAGCUGGGGCUGGAGUUGAAGGGCGGCGCAGAGAAUGGACAGUUCCCGGUUAUCGGCGAGCUUCUCCCGGGCAGAGCGGUCUGCCACAGCGGCAAACUCUGCCAGGAUGAACUCCUGCUGGAAGUCAAUGAUACCCCGGUGGCUGGACUCACCACCAGAGACGUCCAUGCUGUGGUCAAACACAGCAAAGACCCUGUUCGACUUAAGUGUGUCAAACAAGGGGGCGUGAUAGACAAGGACCUGCGCCACUACCUCAACCUUCGCUUCCAGAAAGGCUCGGUGGACCACGAGCUGCAGCAGAUCAUCCGGGACAACCUCUACCUCCGCACCGUCCCCUGCACAACCAGGCAGCCCAAGGAAGGAGAGGUCCCAGGGGUGGAUUAUAAUUUUGUGACCGUUGACCGGUUUAUGGAAUUGGAGAAAAGUGGAGCCCUGCUAGAGAGCGGAACAUAUGAAGAUAACUUUUAUGGUACCCCAAAGCCUCCGGCUGAGCCCAGCGCUCUGCUGCUAAAUGUAACGGACCAGCUGCUGCCGGGCGCCAGACCCACCUCUGAGGGUAAGAGGAAACGUAACAAGUCGGUCAGCAACAUGGAAAAAGCCAGCAUCGAGCCCCCCGAGGAGGAGGAAGAGGAGAGACCCAUUGUCAAUGGCAACGGUGUUGCUGUCACCCCAGAGUCGAGCGAACAUGAGGACAAGAGCACGGACGCUUCGGGGGACAUCGCCCCACAGAGCAACACAGCGGAGGCCCCAAUCGAGGCACCCAAAGAAGACGGACUGUCCCCGAAAAUUACAGUACCCAAACCAGAGGAGAACGACGAGCUAGGGCCGCUGCCAGACAACUGGGAGAUGGCAUACACUGAGAAAGGAGAGGUGUACUUCAUAGACCACAACACCAAGACAACAUCGUGGCUGGACCCGAGGCUGGCCAAGAAGGCAAAGCCGCCCGAGGAAUGCAAAGAGGAUGAGCUUCCGUACGGCUGGGAGAAAAUCGAUGACCCCAUUUACGGCAGCUACUAUGUCGACCAUAUAAAUAGAAGGACCCAGUUUGAGAACCCAGUCCUGGAGGCUAAAAGGAGACUCCAGCAGCAGCAGCAGAUGCAAAGCCAGGGUCUGUCCUCACUGCCCCUUCCCACCAUCUACAGAGAGAAGCCGCUGUUCACGCGGGACCCCACUCAGCUGAAAGGCAGUUUCUUGUCCACAUCACUACAAAAGAGCAACAUGGGCUUUGGCUUCACUAUUAUCGGAGGCGACGAGCCUGAUGAAUUCCUCCAGGUCAAGAGCGUUAUCCCCGAUGGGCCUGCAGCAGCUGAUGGAAAGAUGGCCACAGGUGAUGUUAUUGUCUACAUCAACGAUGUGUGCGUCCUGGGCACCACCCACGCCGACGUGGUCAAACUCUUCCAGUCGGUGCCAAUUGGCCAAAGUGUCACCCUCGUCUUGUGUCGUGGCUACCCUUUGCCCUAUGACCCAGAGGAAGCUGUCAAUGCCAACAACAACACCACCACCACCAUCAUCUCCCCGCUGGGCAUCAUGGAGCAGCGACCCAUCAUGGUGAACGGCAGGACGGGCUACGACAACUAUCUGGACUAUCUCUCCCGCACCGCGCGCUUCGUCACAGACCCUAGUCAGGACCAGGUCAACGCCCAGCAGCAGCUGCUCACCCCUCACCCAGGUGACACCCACUUAGACGGCUCGCUUCCUCCCACCACUGGCACUACACCUCCUGACAGCAUCUCCAUGGCAUCGUCAGGGGCAACCCAGGGGGAACUACUGAACCUGACCAUGGUGAAGGGCAUGGAUGGUUUUGGCUUCACUAUUGCAGACAGCGCUACGGGCCAGCGAGUCAAACAAGUGCUGGAGCCUCAGGGUUGCCCGGGCCUGUGCGAGGGUGACCUGAUUGUGGAGAUUAACAAGCAACCCGUGCAGGGAUUCACACACACCCAGGUGGUGGAGCUUCUCAAGGAGUGUGGUGUGGGAGCUGAGACCAGCCUGGUGGUUCAGAGAGGUGGAACAGGUCACUAUUCACCCUGGAAGACCCCUAAGCAGGUGCUGGAGCAGUGGGAGUCCCAGCAGGGCCAGAGCAGUCCUGCUCAGACCAGCCUGUCAGCCCCUGUUAUCCCCCACAACGCCCCCUUCCCAACCCACCAUCUUCACAGGGCCUCUGUCCCAGACUCAGCCUCCGAGGCCUUGGCCCUGGCUAAGCCAGACCCCUAUGACCUUUAUGAGAAGUCCAGGGCUAUCUAUGAGAGUAGGCAACCUGGCCAACCAAGGACUGUUUUUCCUGUGGACUCCUCAGGAGCGGAGUACCAGGACAUCGAGGUGCACCUGCGCAGACAGAAGUCCGGCUUUGGUUUCCGGGUGCUGGGCGGGGACGAGGCAGGGCAGCCUGUGAGUCCGGAGACGCGUGAGAAGAUCUUGAUUGGUGCAAUCAUCGAGAAGAGUCCAGCAGACCUAGAUGGACGCUUACGGCCCGGUGAUGAGCUGCUGUUUGUGGAUGGGAUCCCAGUGGUCGGGAAACCACACAGAUACGUCAUUGACUUGAUGCACGGGGCGGCACGAAAUGGCCAGGUGAAUCUGGUCAUCAGGAGGAGGGUACAAGCAGCAGGUGAGUCCUGUCCAGAGAACGGCCGUAGCCCUGGCUCUGUCUCCACGCAACACAGCUCCCCCCGCAGUGACUUUACAUAUGGCAACAGCACCAUCACUACCCAGGCACCCAACGCUGGCAUGGGCAACACCACCGCCCCUUCGGACAGGACGUCGACCCCCAACACACAACCCAGUGAUGUCAUCAUAAAUCGAAAGGAGAGCGAAGGCUUCGGCUUCGUCAUCAUCAGUUCGCUCAACCGGCCCGAGGCGGCUGCCACCAACAGUGAGUCCGCUGUGCCCCAUAAAAUUGGCCGCAUCAUCGAGGGCAGCCCGGCCGACCGCUGCGGGAAGCUGAAGGUGGGAGACAGGAUACUGGCAGUGAAUAGCCAGUCCAUUGUCAACAUGCCGCAUGCCGACAUCGUUAAGCUGAUCAAGGAUGCGGGCCUCAGCGUCACCCUGAGGAUCAUACCGCAGGAAGAGAUCAGCAAUCCCCCAUCAGCCCCAAGCUCAGAGAAGCAGAGCCCCAUGGCCCAGCAGCACAGCCCGAAAAUCCAGCCAAGCACCGCUUCCUCACAGCUCAACCCAGCGGUGACAGAGCCCAACCCUUCUGUUAGCCAGCCCAACCCCAUGCCACACCAGAGCCCUGUGACCCAGCUGCCCGCCCCUCCACCUCAGAACUACACCCAUGAGAGCAGUUACAGGUCAGAGGUGAAGGCGAGGCAGGAUGUUAAACCAGACAUCAGACAGCCACCGUUCACAGAUUACAGACAGCCGCCGGUGGACUACCGGCACCCUCCUGUGGCAGACUACAGGCAGCCACCCACGUUGGACUACAGGCACCCGCCACUGCUCGACUACAGACAGCUAGCUACUGACGCCAGGCAGUUCGCCAUCCCAGACUACCGAAUGCCACCAGUUCAACUUGCACAGGACUUUGACUUCUUCACAGUGGAGCUGGAGAAAAGUGUGAAAGGCUUCGGUUUUAGCAUCCGUGGAGGUCGGGAGUACAAAAUGGAUCUGUUUGUCUUACGACUGGCAGAGGACGGGCCGGCCAUCCGCAACGGGAGGAUGAGGGUUGGGGACCAAAUCAUUGAGAUCAAUGGAGAGAGCACCCGGGACAUGACUCACGCCAGGGCCAUCGAGCUGAUCAAGUCUGGAGGCAGGCGUGUUCGUCUUCUCCUAAAGAGGGGUACGGGGCAGGUCCCAGAGUACGAUAAUGCCGCCCCAUGGGAUGCUCGCCCUUCAGCCUCCCCAAGCCUGUCGGAAGUAGCCCCUCCCACCGACAGUCUUUCCAUGUCAUCGCCUUCAUCUCAUCUGGCCCCGGCCCCCGACCCACCUCACCUGCCGCCUCUGGAUGUCCCUCAAGACCCGGUGGCAGGACACAGCAGGAAGGAGCGUUCGAAGAGUCCCCUGAAGGCCGAGCUGCUAAAUCCAGAUCUGUUCAGCCAGGGGAGGAGAGCGGCUACAACCAGCGGGAGUGGCAGAGCCAAGAAGGAGGGUGGCGGGUCCACUCAAAAGGGGCACAGGGUGCAGCCCACUACUGAGGGGGAAGGAGGCAAGGAGGGGCAGAGUGGGGAGCCCAAACCUUCCAAGAGCACCAGAGGGAGAUCCAAGGAGAGAAAUACUGGGGACAACAGAGAAUCCACCCAAUCUCCCAUUGUCUCCAAGCUCCCGCACACUAAUGGGAACAGCAGGGAAGAUGUGGAACGUUACAGUAGCGGGCGGCAGCAGCAGGUGGAGUCAGAGCAGAGCAAGUCCAGGCCCAGGGAACCGGACAGGGUCCUGGGAGAGAGCCGGCCCAGCCUGCCCAACAAGAGCACCAGCAGCGGCAGCGCAGCAGGGAGGAAGGCCACGGUCUCUCCUGGGCCUUGGAAGAUCCCUGGAUCAGACAAGCUGCCCAGCACACUGCGCACAGGCACAUCCACGCUGAGCAGAUAACACCGCGGCUCCGGCAGGAUACAGUGGCCACACUCAUCUGAACUAAACCGCCCCAUCUGGAUGAAACUACCAUCCUCACACCUUCCCGUGCUCCUUUAUACCCCCUCGAUCCCAUUCAAUCAUAGACCACAGAGUCAAAACCAAGGAGGGGGCAGGGUGAUCUGGACCACGUGUUUUUAGAGUUUUAUUUAUGAUAUUGUACUCUAAAUUAUUUUGAGAAAUAUUUUACACCCACCACCUUAAGAACUGGAAAAUCAUCCACUUUUUAAAAAAAUGGAAAAGCAAGUAGAAUGUGUGUGUAGCAUGGCGGGGAAUCAUUCGGGGGGUACAAACUUUGAAGAACUCUAUUUUGAGUUCUCCCCAUGCAGAACAAACAUGCAAAUAUAAACAACUGACAGGAAGCAACUGUCAGUUGCCAUUGGAUUUUUUAUAUAUAUCUUCACAGUGGAGUCUGUUUUAUGAAAUGGAAUGUUAAAAAGAAGGUUUGCCUGUUUUUGACGAGAGCGAAUGGAGCAAAGAGUGACAGCAGAGAUGAACUUUGCCUUAACAGAGACUGUAUGGGCCUGAAUCUGUCUUGAAUAAUCUAUCAGAUGAUUAUAGACAUAGAUAUAUUAUAAUGAAUAUAAAUAUGUGGGAUCAUUUUGUAAAUAAGAUCAUCUUUAAGUGACCAGAACCUUAGUUGAGCCGAUGGAGAUUCUAGUCCAUGCUUAGACGAGCUGUGGCGCGACAUGGACCAGAACCUUCACCACACCAACUUCUCCCUCUUCUACACUCCCGUUCAGCCCUGUGAUUGCAGUUUGGGGUCUCAGCAGGCCUGCUGCAGUUGACUUCACGGUCUAUUUGUGCUUGAAUCAUCCCAAGUACAGUGGGGGUGUCGUGUCGAUCCAUUUUUCUCAUUUCUGUGCUUAACGAACAAAGCAAUCCACAAUGGUGGUGUCCGGACACUGAGAGAAGGAGCUCACAUGAUACUGACCGAGGGGCAGAGUGCCUUAGACUGACAGAGAUGUUGGCUUUUAAGUCAAAGGUUCAACUCUAAAACACUUACGAGGGUUCCAAACAGGCUGCUAUACAACAUCAACUUUACAGAUAUAAAUAAUAAACUGUAUUUUUUCAGAUAUGAGUGUGAUACGGUGAAAUAUAUAAUUUAUUUCACAAGCUUAUGUAUGGAAAUUAGUCCAUUACCAGAGGUAUUGACGGUCCUUAUUUGUGCAAGUGGUUCAUUUUGGGUCAUGAUAGUUUUCAUUACUGAUUUUUUAAUGAGGUCUGACACUAUUCAUUUCCAUGAAGAAUUGCUCAUAUGAGAUGUAAUUAAAUGUCAGCACGGAGCAAAGCUUUGCACCCAAACCAAACCAAACUAGUAAAAUCUGAUAUUGAGUCAUCAAAGAAUCAAUCUCACUUGUCAUGAGCUUGCUCGCCUAACAAUCUGUAACCUGAAUGAAUGAAUGAAUGCCCUCGAUUUGAAAAAGAAACAUUUCUAUCAUUUCCAGAUUGGCUGAGAAGAGGUUGCACCUGUCACAGCCACUGUCAGCUGCAGACUUUUAUUUGAUUAAGAUGAUUCUGUCUACACUGUGUGAUAUUAAGAACUACACCUCCAUGCCAAAGCUCCCUGUAGAUUUUCAUUUUUUUUUUUUUCAGCAUACACAUACCUGCCCCAGAAUUUGACUCUAUCUGAAGACAGAUAGCUGUCACUGGCAGAUUUUAUCAGCUGUAGCUAGUGAGCUAAUUAAGCUAAUGUUAGCGCCAUAAGUUGGCUAAAAAUGUGUCUCUGGCUGACUUUUUGAUGUUUCCAGUCGACUCAUUUUAAAACAAGAAUCUUGCAAAAAGGGGUCUUAAAUAUCCACUUGAUGGCUACAUACAUGAUAUUGUGCUAAAAGACUGAGGCUAAAGCUGCAUGUUCCAGGCAAAAAGUCAGUUUGUGAUAUAUGUAUACAACAUGGAAAUAAAGUAACAGCAUUGUUCUUGUAUUGCAGGGGAGAGCUAGUUAGUCCAAGUAUUUUAAGUAUGAUAAUAAAAUAUAUAUCAGACUGUUAUUUCAUUAUAACAUAACACAGUUUGGCUAUUAAGCUUCCAUACUUUUGUUAUUUUCAAACAGUAUGUUUUUACUUUUAACAUUACAAAAGAAAAGUCUUUUAGGAUGAGGACUAAUUGAUGAACCUGGCAAACAUAACGCUAUCUCGGGUAACGCUGGCUGGAGUUGCUGGAGUGCAAAAUGUACUCAAAUCCAACAAAGCGCAGGAGAGAACUGCUAACAGCUAGUAAACUAAUAAGCCAACGAACACAGCUCACAUUAGAGCAGAUAAUCAAACUGUUUAAUCCAUCCCUUACACCUUUGUUCCAGUGAUUUUGGUUUUGGAAAGGCUAAAAAAAGACUUUUAAAUUCUUUAAAGAUGUGAAAAUUCUGAGUGGUAACUUUUCCUCUGAAUGAGUCAUAAUACCAGAAAAAAACAUUUCCUCUCCUUCCUCUGCUGAAGGAAGUGCAAACAGUGUUUAAACAAUAAAAGAGCAAAGGGAUACAAGUCAUCACGUUAGCCAUUGUGAUCCGUAAUUACACAAGGAAUAAGCAGCCUGACUCUAAAGCACAAUCUCACACAGAGGGUUUGGGAUAUGAAUUAUUAUGUCGGAGAAAAUCAUCAGCCAGGCACAACCGGCUCAGCCCUUCAAUCGCUUGUAGAUGGUGUGCAGGGACAAUAUCAGAAAAACACCCCCAACCUAAAUUUUACAUUUGUCAGACUAAAGGUAGCAAAUCCUGCCUACAUACUGUACCAUCAUGCUCAUUUUCUCCUUUAUUUUGUGACUUGUGUUUGAAGCAGAAACUAAAAAAUGUGCGUAUUUUUGCUCAGCCUUUGCACAACUCACUGCUUUCCACGUCUGAGCUGUCUCCAUUGAGCCAAAUUGUAAGUAGUUUUCUACAGAUUGCAAAAAGAACAAAAAAAGAGGGGGUUUUUUGCAAAGUGUGUGUGUUGAAAUAACAGCACGUGCUACACCAUGGACUCCCACCCAAGCGGCUCAGUAUCACUGUGUAGUGUUAUAGCAGUGUGUAGAUCCUGAACAAAUAUCUCUAUAAAUAUGACUCAGUGUACUAUUGAUGGUCACAAAGACUCUAAGUGGAGCAACUAUUUUUAUGAAAUGCAACACUAUGGAUAUAUUAACUUUUGCAAAAAUCUUGUUUACCUGUAUGAUAUUCUGAAACGCUGUCAAAAUAAAAGAAAAUCUUGACACAUGAAAGAUUUAUUUAGGACA